CGCCAGCCACAACCCGGCCCGCGGGCAGCUCCGCAGCUUCUGCAGCUACAGCAGCAGCCUGGGCAGCCAGAGCAGCCUGCACCCGCCGGCGCAGACCAUCUCCAACGCGCCCGUCUCCGAGUACAUGAACCAAGCCGUGCUCUUCGGUGGAAACCCACGCUAUGAGAACGUGCCCCUCAUCGGCAGAGGCUCUCCUCCCCCCACGUACUCCCCGAGCAUGCGAGCCACCUACCUGUCGGUCACCGAUGAGCACAUCCGGCCCCACAGCACCGAGGUCCCGGCCUAA